UUUAAAAUGAUUGGGGCAUUAAAAAAAAAGGGGGCAGCUAAUCUAUUCUCACGAACUUCUGGUAACAUCCACAAUGAUCUUGGAAAAUAUUAAAAAUUCCAGGAAAAUGCUCUCUAUGUAUAGUAAAAGAACAGUUUUGUUCCAAAAAUGCAAUUUGCUGUUAUCUGGGAUCUUAUGAUAAUGUUUUAAUUUCGUGGGUUAGAGGACAGGGCCAAAAAAUAAGAAACUAUCAAGCUUUCGGCAACGUUUCGGAAUAUAUUCUUCCUUUGUCAAGCCUUAAAUUAUUAUUUCUGGAGUCCGUUCAGGAUGGACAAAGGUAUUUUUCAACAUAUUUUAGGGAUAGCAAUCGCAAUCAAUUUUCCCAAAAAUUUCGUUAUUUUAAAUUUGAAUGUUCGCCAAUCUUAUGAUAAUGUAAGGUAGAUUGACAUAUUUACAAUAAUAUCGGAGCAGAAAAAUUUAAUGCGAAUACCUACUAAACUACAGAUAAUUAAAUUAAAAUGUGUAGGUGGUCAUAAAUACGACCACCACUAACGAAUGUUAUGCAAAAGUAUUGAAAACCAAAUAUGUAAUGCCCAUUAUUUUUUACGGCAAGUAAUAAACUAGACUAGGUAUUAAACCUUGUAUUAAAAAUAAAAAAAUUCGUGUGUACUGACUUCACUAUUUUCAACUGCUUCCAAAAAUGUAGGUAAUGUUUAAUAAUUCUAUUUUUUUCAAAUAAAUGCAUUAUUUAUACUUGGUUGCUAAAAGCAGAACAAUUGAUGACCUUAAGCUUCACUUUAUUCUACGCUUCACUUUCACUUAUUUCUUACUGAAAAUUUGGCAAUAAAGGUUUUGCUCUAAGCGAACAUGGAUGAAUACGGAUCAAUUAGAACAUUUUUUGAAGGAAAAAAUAUUUUUAUUACUGGUGGCAGUGGUUUUCUCGGGAAACCUCUUAUUGAAAAACUUCUGCGGUCCUGCCCAGAUAUAGGAAACAUUUAUGUUCUAUUGCGGCCAAAACGAGGAAAACAUGUACAAGAAAGACUAGAGCAGAUUUUAUUGAAUCCUAUAUUUAAUCUCUUGAAAGAAACCAAUCCGGACAAUAUUAAAAAAAUUAUUUGUGUCAGUGGAGAUUCUAGUAAACCCGGAUUAGGGUUAUCUGAAGAAGACAGACAAAUACUUAUUGAUAAAAUAAAUAUUUUUUAUCAUGGUGCUGCCUCUGUAAGGUUUGAUGACUUCUUGAAAGAUGGCAUCCUGAUAAAUAUAGGAGGAGCUCAAGAAGCUGCAAAAUUGGCUUUAGAAAUGAAAAAUAUUGAAGUUUUCACGCAUAUUUCGACUUGCUACUGCAACAUUGAUAACAGAAAGGUAUUCCUAUGUAUUCCCAACUUGGUACCUAUUGAGCGAUCGCCUAUGAUGAUGAGCAUUAAUCUUGAAGCUUAAACAAUUUGGAUCUGUAUUAUUUUUUUUUUGUUGGAAACCUGAAAAAAUUGACAAGUCCAAAAAAAUACAAUUAAGUAAUUUCAAUUUUAUAAUUGAUAAAGUUUUAUUUACCC